AUGACGUCAAAGCAACUGGGCCAAGUCCCCUCUUUAUUCCCUCACAUUAAGAAAGAAUGGUGGAAAGACGCCUACAAGGAACUCUAUCUCUGGACGGACGGCGACUGCGUUGAGGACCCUACUCUCACCGAGGCAGAAAGCGCUGCUCUUCUCCAGAUCCCCACAGUUCAGAAACUUUUUUCCAGUCCUCCUCCGCCAUCUGGAUCAAGCAUAAAGGUGCUAGACCUCUGCUGCGGCCAAGGCCGGCACAGCAUCCAUCUAGCAAAGCAAUUCCCAACGGUGCACUUCCACGGCAUCGACCAAAGCGUCUAUCUCUUGGGGCUAGCCAAACAGCGGGCAGAAAAAGCAGGCGUGACGGGCAACACAAAAUUCGAAGCCGGAGACGCGCGCUGCUUGUCUUUCCCUGCCCGCGAGUAUGACCUCGUGAUGCUCAUGGGCAACUCCUUCGGGCAUGGCUCGCGUGACGACGACCUCAAUCUCCUAUGUGAGGCGCACCGUGUCCUCAAGCCGGGGGGCGUACUGGUCAUCGACUAUGUUGAUGGGGACUGGAUGCGCGAGAACGCGACAGCCAGUGGAUGGGAGUGGCUCGGGAAAGACCACUUCAUCCCAGGGCAGGACGGUAAGCCGGUUCUCGCGCUACGGGAACGAGAGCUAUCGCCUGACGGCAACUGCCUGGCGAGCCGAGAAAUCGUGCUUGACCUUGCAGGUGGAAGCGAUGCUGUCCUGCAAGAUCUAUUCUAUGCUGUGCAGUUGUAUGGGAUGAACGAGAUGCAGUACCUUCUAAGCCGGGCAGGCCUCCGUGUGCUUGAGAGUGAGGGGAAACAGAUCUCUGCGCCCGUGCCGGAUGGUCAGAACCAGGGCGCCGCCCAGGAUAUGGGGAUGAUGGAGCAUAGGCAGCUUGUUGUGGCUCAAAAGCCGGAUUCCAGUCUGUCUGGUCUCGAUCUUCAGGAUGAAGAUACCUACAUCCAUCCCCAUGUGAGCCAGAGUCGUGACAAGAUCAAGGGGCGACUCCUACGGGCGACUGGGCCAAUUCAGGCUGGCGCAGUGGUCAUUGCUGAUGCACCGUAUGCUCUCGUUCCAACCGUGCCGCCGGACAGGAACGACGCGCUGCUUUGCAGCAACCUCUUGUGUCGCCGGCGCGUACCCCUGGGCCAUGGAGAACGUUGCCCCAACAGUUGCGUCCAGGACAUCAUCUGGUGCAACGCACACUGCCAAGCCGCGGACCAAGCACGGCACGACUAUGAAUGCGCCUGGCUCAAGCACCAUGCAGCUGAAAUCCGCCAAGAACACAGCGAAGAAGACUUCGCCAUGUUAUGGAUCAUCAUACGGAUGCUCGCAGGCUGGCACCUAGAGCUUGAGCUGAACGCAAACAAGGACACACCCGAACAGACGCACCUACAAUGGAGCGACCGCUUCAACCGCGGAUGGUCCGCAAUUGAAGCCAUGCUCGGCAGUCAAGACAUCUGGCCCGCACAUACAGUCCAGCGCUGGCGAGGCCUCGUGGACAAAUACCUCUGCGUCCAGGAUCCACUCUUCCCAUUCCAGUCCGGCGUAGACACAGACUUUAUCGUAACCCUCAUCUGCAAGGAGGAGUCCAACACAUUCGGGCUGUACAACGCCGUGACCGGACCGCGAGAGACACAGCCGGAGCGAGGCCUCUCGUACGGCCUGGGAUGCUACCCGCGCGCGACGAUGGCGAACCACAGUUGCGAUCCGAAUCUCCAGCAUGGUCCCGAUGGUCGCGGGCGCAUGGUCAUGACCGCGACGAGGGAUAUUGCUGCCGGCGAAGAAUGCUUCAUUGCUUACUUUGACAUGACGGUGCAUUCUAGUCUUGAGGCGAGGCGGCGACGGACGAGGGAUCUGUUUAACUUUACUUGUGAUUGUGCGCGCUGUUUGCGGGAGGCGGAGGGUGCUGCUGAACUUAAGGCUUGA